GACCUUAUAUCUUUUUACUCGCAUAUUUUAUGUUUGCAAUCAGUAUAAAUACGAUGUAUUCCAAUGGCUACAAAUAUUCUACAAAAUUGUGUGUAAUAAAGUGAAAUAAUCUUAGCAAAAUGAAACUUCUUGUGCUUUGCAUCUGUGUUUUAGGAUUUGCUACAUCCAAUUUAGCUGAUAGUGAAAUAAAACGACAAUUUAAAAAUGCGGUAAGAACUGUCGAGGACAAUUUUGAUGUUUGUUUGACGGAAAAUAACAUAACCCAGGUUGAUUGGUACAAAGAAGAAGAAAUAAUGACUGGCGUACAUGCAGAACCCGAAAAUGAAGAGAGAACAAAAAAACUAGGUUGCACUAUCGUCUGCGUCUUAAAAAAAGAAAAUUUGAUGGAAGGUUCAAACAUUCAAGAAGGGAAAGUUCAUGCCAAAAUAAAUAGAGAGGUCGCUGGUUAUCCUGGAGAAGCCCAAAUACACAAGGUUGCACGUGAUUGCAUAAAAGAAGUAAGAAAUAUUACGGAAGAAUGUGAAAAAGGCUUUGCUCUAUUUGCUUGUGCUACGAAAGCUGUACAUAAAUUGCAGAAACAUGAAGAACAUGAAAGAGUAGAAACAGAUGAAAAUGAAGAAGCAGAACAAACUGUCUGAAUAUAAUUGAUUGAACAUUAUCUGUAUAAUUUUAGUAAUGUAAACUUGUAACACAAAACAUAAUUUUAAUAAAAAAUAUAUAUGUUUUGUCUCAUAUUAUAUAUUCUUGAUUUUGUGAUAUAAUAAAACAACAGGAUAUAUAAAAA